UGCACCCGGACCUUGUUGCUUGUCACACUAGCAGCGCCACUAGCGCUACUCUAUCGGACGUCAUGUUUGAGCGUCACACUCUAUACACGACACCCUGUGCGCCUAUCGCUCUCGACAAGAGAGUCUACUCGCGACUGACUCCGGCACGCUGAUGACUCCAAUCUGCGCCUACAGCCCACCUCGUCGCGACCGAAGAGCCUAACGAGAAUCGGCCGACCGAGAAGUGCGACUCCGAUCGAUCGACGACCGGACCUCCCAGCCCCAGGGCCAUUGCAAUGCCAUUGCAUCUCCUUGGCAAGAAAUCAUGGAACGUCUACAACCAAGACAAUAUUUCCCGUGUGCGCAAGGAUGAAGCCGACGCCCAGGCCCGACAAGAAGCCGCCGAGCAGCGCAUGCAAGAGGAAGAUGCUGCACGUCGGAUCGCCCUGCUACGAGGCGAGACCGUACCUCCUCUUGCCGAGUCCCGACCAGAUGAGGAAGAGCGCCACCACUGCAACGGUAGAAGUGCUGAAGAUGAAGACUACUCCACACGAGAUCGCAAACGGAAACGCCGGAAUGGCGAAGACGAUACCGAUCGCGAUAUCCGCUACGCAAAGCAAGCUCGUGAGGCUGGCUUGAAGGCCCGGGAGCUUCUAGGCCAAGUGAACAAGGGAGCGGAGCGGAGCGCCGAAGCUCCUCUGCAAGAUCACGCGGGACAUAUCCAACUGUUCGCUGCGCCUGACGAGAAGGAUAUUCGAAAGAACCAGAAGAAUGCUGAAGCUGAAGCUGAGAAGGCGAAGAAAAGGAAGAGAGAGGAAGAUCUUGUCACGAUGAAGUUCAGCAAUGCUGCAGGAUACAGUAAUGGGAUGCAAAAACCGUGGUAUGCUGCUGCCAUCGUGGAUAAAACUGCGGACAAGACUGCAGAUAAGACUGCUUCCAGGAAUGAGAUGAUGCUGGCCGAACUCAAAGGCAAUGAUGUCUGGGGCAAUGAAGACCCAAGAAGGAAAGAAAGAGAAACGAAGAAGAUCGUUUCGAGUGAUCCUUUCGCUGCUAUGCAGAAUGCGCAGAGACAAUUGAAGCAAAGUGAAAAGGAUAAAGAGAGGUGGCAGAGGAAGCAAAGAGCUGAGCUCGAGCAAUUGAGGGCGGAUCAGAGAAGGCAUAGGACAAUUGUCGAUGAUGCGGAUAGUCCCGAUGAAUUCAGUCUUGAUACGCCUUCGCUUGCAGAGGGCCCCGAUAGUGGUUCUACCAGGCGUAGAAGUAAGCAUCGGCAUCAUCAUCAUCGACGACACCAUAAUCGAGAACGGGACGGGGGAAGCAGACAUCGCAGUCGCAGUCGCUCUCGAGAGCGGGAUAAGAUACGACAUCGAAGUCGGUCAAGAGAGCGAGAAGGGCAUCGGAGCCACCGCUCUCGACAUCACGAGCAGAAAGAAGUAGAUAGCGUGAGUUGAUAACCCAAAUCUUGCCUGGCC